UGAUGCAAGUAAAAUGUUUCGUUCUUGUCAAAUGUCACAUACUAAAAAAAAAACAAGCUUAGGACUCUAGGUUUAUUUUACAAGGAACCUAUAGAUGAAAGUAACUGGAAUUGCUUAGUAUAAAGGAGAAAAGACUGAAGUCAAAUCGAGGUUAAUAUGAAGAAAUAGCUCUCAUAUAUAUAGUUAAGGAAGAGGUAGUUUUCAGCUGUUCUCUUCUUCACUGAGUACAGAGCAAGAGGAAAUCUAGACUAGACUUAAAUUAGUUGGCAACAUUUAUUGAAUGCCUCUUGUGUGUAAAGUACUGAAUCAGGCAGUGAAGGGGUAACAGAGGAAGUAGAAAUUGCUUUCAAAAACUUUCUAAUAAAGUGAGGUCACUGGAGGGAGGACAUAGGCCCGAUGUAGAAAGGUACCUGGUAAUGUAAGCAUUGGAAAACACAUUUCUACAACUUUCUGUUACAAUAGUGGUUGGGCACUGAAAUGGAUUAGCACUGAUGGUUUAAAAACUUUCCCCAGGAAUGAUUUUCAUCUUUAUAAUAAUUAUGGCAUUUCUUAAGUCAUUACUAGGUGCUAUGCCCUGAGGUUACAAGAUCAGAUAGAGUCAUUUGCCACAUAGGGCUCACCAAUCUAUCUUAUCUCCAUUUUACAGCUUUGAGACCCAGAGAGAUUGAAUGACUUUUCCAGGGUCACACAGCAGCCAGCGGAAGAGUUGGAAUGGUUCUCCAGAUUCUCAGUCCCAUGCUCUUCCCACUAAGCAUUCUAACUCAUUUUCCUCAGAAGAUUCAUUUCCAACCUACUCUAGAGGCAGGGGGAUGAAUGAGAUGACUUUGGGGGUCUCUUUCUGCCCUACAAUUUUAAGAACAAGUUGGAAAGGGAGUAUAUUGGAUUCUUUGGAGGAGCCUCCUCGCCCCAACAUCCUUAUCCACCAGGACAAAUGGCUGCUUCAGCUAACAUCUGGAUAUCACCCAGGUACCAAGCUGGGUACCAUCUCAGCCCCCAGUGGAAGGUUGUUUGCCUCAUUCUAAAUGCCCUCAGGAUCUAAGCUCCCAUGUGAUUGUUUGACGAAGGACUUUUAGGGUGGUUUUUGAAUAGAGACUUGACAAGCUCUUCAUUGAUCUUUCAGAGAUGAUUUUGUUGGCAGUCGUGUACUGGAUCGUGGUAACAGACCAGGCCGUUGGAACGGCAGACCCUUCAUUUACAGCUUUGCAAACUAACAACCCAACUGUCCAAAAAGAGAUUGUUGAUGAAUUCAAUGAAAUAAGAAGACAUGUGAAUCCAACUGCUAGCAACAUGCUGAAGAUGGCUUGGAAUGAAGAAGCUGCAAAGAAUGCAAAGAAUUGGGUAGAGAAAUGCACUCUGACCACCAGCCCUCCAGAAGAGAGACGUAUUAAGAAUACCACCUGCAAUGAAAAUUUUUUCAUGUCAACCUCUCCAAAUCCUUGGUCUGAAGUAAUUCAACAAUGGCAAAAUUCCAUGGCUGAAUUCAACAACAGCACUACAGCAUCGGGAAGAGGUGCAUCAGUCAAUCUCUAUAGUCAGGUGAGAUUGGGGCUGGGGUAGUGCCAUUCUCCAUUCCUCAGAUCCUUGGACAGUGCUCUGCUUACAGUAAAUGCUGAAGAAAUAGAGGUGAUAAUGGUGGCUUAGCCUAAAGGUGGCCUGAUUAUAUCACUGGGAGGUAAAGAUGGCACCCACUUUCACAGAUGAGCACAUUGAGACUCAGAGAGAUUGAAUGCCAUGAUCCAAAUCAAUCCCUAAGGUGCCAGU